GCAGGGCCAGGAAUCAGUGAAGGACGCUCGGGCUUGAUUCUCUCGGCAGCCGCAGAGGAGGUUCGCUUUGUUGAUAUCAGAUAUAUAUGAGAUUUAUGUCAUAUGUUAGUUCACCACCUCACGAACAGCAGCAGCUGUCUGACACAAAGAAUGAUGACGUCUAGACUCACCUGAUUGAUUGCUUCGGUGGCGACAACGAGCAUCCUUCAAAUGGAAGACAAAUUUAGCACAUUGUGCUCUUAGGCCUGGAUAAGAGCCUAGCCCCGGGGCCUGUAUGAGCGGCUGCUUUCGUGCAACGUUCGCGUCUCGCAACGAAGUAUCGUGUCGUCCAUGACCACCUUGUGCUUCCCAUUCAAGUACGCCUGCGCCUCUCGACCCCCGAUUUCUGGGUAGAAAACUGCACAGGCGAGCUCAAAAGAGCGCGUAUGGAGCAUGUGGCACCAACUCGCAUGUCGUGUCUUCCAUGACCGCCUUGAUUCUCGAGUAUAUUUCCGUAUACGACUCGUGUGUAUCCGGCUGGGCUGGACUGGACUGGACGGGGCUUUAGAAAGAGUUCCCUUGGAAUAUAUGGAGUUGGAUUAUCCGGCCCGUAAUUUAGGCCGAUCAGUUGCAACUUGCUACCCGGGCGUCGUUGUCUCUGGUUUUUCCCUCGCCUUUCUCGAGCACUCUGAUUUCCUCUCCUUCUUCUCCUCUUUCCCUCACUCUUAUUUUGGACCAAGAUCUACCUUUGGCUGCGGCUCCCCUUCCUGGGAGUUGCCUCCUCGCAGUACGUUUUCCUGUACCUGUGUAGAACGGGCAUACGACGAGGAAAUAUACGCAACCCUGGACAGCUUUAUCGUGUACUUGCUAGGAAGAGACUCUUCCCAUAUGACUGAUGUGAGGAAAUUCUGCAUGCAGAUGAAGACUUUGUCCAAAACUGCACAUUGAUCCAACAACAUUAACAGGU